AUGGAGAAUUUCACAGCGAAAUCCUCAGACCACGAUAGUUCCCCCUCAUCACACAAGAUCGAAGCUGCUAUAUGGUGUCCUGUGUUUACGAUCGAAGCCUCUGUCAUAGUAAUAGGAAACCUUCUGACCGUCAUUGUCUUUGCACGGGAUUCCCGCGUAAGAAAGCCAAGCUCUUAUCUAAUUAUCAGCUUAGCGCUGGCGGACUUGUGCAUCGGCUUAUUUGUUUUGCCGCUAUGGAUUUAUCAGUUGACAGGCUUGGGUGAGCUGUGGCACACCAUCACUUUCCUGACGGUGGACACUUUUGCAAGUGUUGCCUCGAUCUCAAACCUGGCUGCCAUAUCACUGGAGAGGUUAUACGCAACCAUGUUACCAUGGAGACAUCGUGCGACUUCAAAAUUCCGGGUUCUGUUCUUUAUUGCCUCUAUUUGGGUGUUAUCUGCCGUCAUUUCGAGUUCGUUUGCGGUUGCACGUUUUGCGUAUUCAUCACCAUUGGGUGCCCUGUUCUCCUGGUUGCCCUACAUUUGCCUCUUGUUGCUGGUAAUCUGUGGCUCAUACUCAGCUCUCUUUAUGAAAGUGCGACGAGCUGACCAACGUAGAUCGGACAGAGAGCGCAAACUAACGGUGACUUUGUUUACGGCCACAUCUCUCUCCAUAGUGGCGUAUCUUCCAAUGAUUGUACUUGGCGUUAUGUACUUCGCUUUCAACAGAAAAAUGAGCGAUCUUUUCAUAAACAUUUUAAGCCUUUUUAACUUUGGGAAUUCUCUAAUGAAUCCACUUUUGUACUCAUUCAGGAUGCCGGAUUUUAGGAAGGCAGUUUGUUCAUUGUUUGGCAUUCGUCACCAGGAUCCACGGACACGCCAGAUUGCAUAUUUAAAUGAUAGAGCGUCGCCUUUGUCUUAUAACUUGACCGCGGCUUCACCAAGGAUGAGUCCAGUGUCCAGACUCCCCAAGGCAGUUGACGAGCUUUUUGAAUUAAGUUGAACUAUGUUGAUAAAUUCUUACUGUCAAAAUUGUGAA